AAGAAGCCAUUCUCCAAGCCAAGACUUGUCUCUCUUCUUGCCUCACCAAACCCCUCAACAACCCCAAGCUCGCUUCCCCCAAGCUCAAGAAACUCAAACAGCCACGGUUCCGUCUCGAGAUCCCGAUCCUCGACGACGACUCACCUUCCUCCCUCUCUCAGCUCGCGUUCUCGAUCUUUAACGACAUGCCCAUCUCGAGAAGAGGCUCCAACGUCGUCAAGCUCCUCUUCCUCUGGCCAGACACUUCGUUCAUCGAACCUGCAGUUAAAACUUUCCCUUCUUCUUCCGACAAUACAAACCACAUAACAAUCUCUCCUGUUUCAGACUCCCUCAACAAAGCCUUAAAAUCUGCUGACGUGGCGGUUUUCAUGGCACCCGAGAGAUCACAGCUUGAGGACGUGAGGCUAUCCACGGAACGUUUCGCCACGAAGCCUGUGGUGAUGAUAAAUCCGAGAUGGUUGUUCGAGGAAGAGAAGAGGUUUGGAGAUGAAGGCUUCAUCGGUUCUUUUGAUGUGAUUUACGCGUUUACGGGUUUGGAAGUGAGAGGGAUACUGAGUAAGAGGAAAGGAGUGAUCUUCAAGUGUGUGAGAGACGGUGUUGUGAGUGGUGAGAGAUGGAAUGUUUUGGUUGAAGAGGAAGAAGGUGAUGGGAGUUUGAAAGUGGUUUCGCAGUUUAAAGCUAGGCCGUCUAUGGAGGAAGUUGAGCUUGUUUUGUAUAAUUUGAUGGCUAUGAAUUCGCCUAUUACUAAAUCAGCUAAGUUUCUUAAGGAUUUGGUUUCUAAUAUCACUGGGAAGAAGUAG